CAACAGCGGUGUCACUAAUUGUAAGUUUUGCUUUAUAAGUUUUUACUUUAAAUGAAUAGACUAUAAAUAUUUAUUAACAACCAUAAUGAUAAAUUUAUUAAAUUACAGAAAUCAAAAGAUGAUGGACAAGCUCCCUCUUUUCCGGUAUUUUACAAGGAAACCCACUACCAAAAAAAGGAAAGUAUGGGUAAACGAGAAAGCACAAGAUACCUAUGAGCGAUUAGUCAACAAGACUAUCGAACAAUCUCAGCCCGAAGUUAAAUCUCUGAUGAACGAGUUUGAGAUCUCCAUUGAUGUACUUGGAAGGAGGCCAGGUUACCUGAAGGGGUAUGGGAUCUACCUUCGAAGGAGUUCAUCUACAAGGUCUAUUGCAAAGUUAGCUGAGCGAGAUGCUGAGGUCGUGGCUUUAAAGGAGACAGUAGCUGUGCAGGCCGAACAGAUUGCCUCACAAACCGAGCAGAUGAACGCACAAGCCGAGCAGAUGAACGCACAAGCUCAGAAGACUGCUAAUCUAGAGACUUUAGUGCAUCAGCUAUUUGCACGUAGCCAGCCUGGAGUGACAGGUGGUUGUUGA